AUGCCAGUCUUCGGCAAAAGAGAACCGGCAGACAAGAGGGGAUUGUACGAGAGAAUCCGUGGGCCUUCAAAGGAGGAAGUCGAGACUGCUGUGAGAGAGCACUUUGGCCUCAAAGAAGGACGAUACGUUGAGACCCGAUACUCUGAUCAACAGGAGACGAUCCAAACACCAUGCGUGGUCUUUCUGAUCGUUGGAAAAUUUGAUGUGGGCGGAGAGACAUGCGAUGAGGUCUACAAAGGCUAUACCAUUACUGACGAGAGUGCCAUCAAGCUCUGGGACCAUUCUGCCGUUGUUAUCAUGCCGCUUACUUAG